AUGAAGACCCUUGCCGUGUUUUGUGUUACCGUCCUUCUGUACUCGGUAGUGACUGGUGAGGAGGAAGUCAAAUCUUCUGAAAGUCAGGAGCUCCAAGCUGAAGCCACAGGAUAUGGUGGGGGAUAUAGUUAUGGCCAAGGAGGACUUGGAGGGGGUGUAGGAGGACUUGGCGGUGACAUAGGAGGACUUCGCGGUGGCGUAGGAGGACUAGGAGGUGGCGUGGGAGGAAUUGGAGGUGGCGUAGGAGGACUUGGAGGUGGCGUAGGAGUUAUUGGAGGUGGCGUAGGAGGAAUUGGAGGUGGCAUAGGAGGAAUUGGAGGUGGCGUAGGAGGACUUGGAGGUGGUUUUCGAGGUUUUACAACCUUGACGGUCCUUGCUAUUCCCAUCUAUCUUGUGCCAGUAGACAGAAUAGGUGGUGGAGUAUUUAGUGGAGGACGAUAUGGAGUUGGAGCAGGAGCUGGUGUAUAUGGUACUGGAGGAUUGGGAGGAGGUGUUGGAGGAGGAAUUAGAGGAAGAGUGACUGGUGAGGAGGAAGCCAAAUCUUCUGAAAGUCAGGAGCUCCAAGCUGAAGCCACAGGAUAUGGUGGGGGAUAUAGUGGUGGCUCAGGAGGACUUGGGGGAGGGGUAGGAGGACUUGGAGGUGGUGUAGGGGGACUUGGCGGUGGUGUAGGAGGACUUGGGGGAGGGAUAGGCGGACUUGGAGGUGGUGUAGGAGGACUUGGGGGAGGGGGAGGAGGACUUGGAGGUGGUGUAGGGGGACUUGGCGGUGGUGUAGGAGGACUUGGGGGAGGGAUAGGCGGACUUGGAGGUGGUGUAGGAGGGGUAGGAGGACUUGGAGGUGGCGCCGGAGGGGCUGGAGGCUUGUCGCUCCUUGCUAUUCCCAUUUCUCUUGUACCAGGAGGUGGAGGAGUAGUUAGUGGUGGACAAAAUGGAGUUGGAGCAGGAGCUGGUGUAUAUGGUGUUGGAGGAUUGGGAGGAGGUGUUGGAGGUGGAAUUGGAGGAAGAGGUGUAGGUGGACGUUACAGAAAAGGAGGAAUUUGGUGGGACUAA